GGAAUUGGACCCCACAAUCCGUGUAACCGUGAUAGUGAAGCGUAUGCAGAGAGAAACACUCCAUCAAACAAACAACCAAAGUCAUACGAGGAGAAAAUUCAUUAUUAAUGAAUCAAAAUUUAUUCUUACUAUUACCUUCAUUAAAUUCAGAACACUGAUGCUGCUAAAGUAAAAGAAUUAUUCAAAGAAAACACACUUUGGUUUUUAUUUAUGGUUUGAGUUGUUGGGAUCCUGUCAAUGGUAGUGAGUUGUUAUCAUCAUCAUCAUCAUCAUGAUACUAUGUCUAUUGCAAAGAUUCUGAAACACACUGUGUUUCUUCAUAUUGAAACUCGGUUUCUGAAACUCGGUUUUUGAAUCAGGAGACAAUUUUGAACGAUAUUGAAACUGGUAAGAAACAGUCAAGAGUUUGUGUCAGAAACAUUCUUCAUCUUAACUUCGAUCUCCGACAUAAUUGUUUUGUCUUGUCCUUUUUAGCAUAAAUCAUCAUACUAUAUGGUUCUGGUUAGUUAGUUCGGUAUUGGAAGUUUGGUUUGUGAUAAGAAGAUAUUUUGCACGUGUGAAAUGUGGUGAAUUUGAAGUUUAGAAGAAAUACAAAAUAUGUCGGCAGCGUCGCCGUCUCCGGCACCACCGCAACUACCUUCUAAUACCACUCGUCCGCCUUCCUCAUCUACUGCUCCGUCGCCUAACAGUUCAACUUCACCUCCACCACCGCAGCAACCACCCUCUUCCUCUUCACCUCCUCCGGCUGCUCCUCCUCCAGCUGUGCCGUCGUCUCCUCGGCCUUCACCUCCAUCGCCGCCUCCUGUAGCUCCUACUCCAACCCCGCCAACACGCCCUCCUCCAUCGCCCCAAUCGCCACCACCAUCUUCACCAGCUCGUCCCUCACCGCCACCGCAAUCACCCGUUCCUCCAAGAAGCUCUCCUCCGCCUUCACCACCAGUAGCACCGUCGCCACUACCAUCUUCUCCACCUCGUCGCUCACCACCACCACCACAAUCAAGAAGCCCUCCCCCGCCUUCACCACCAAUUGCACCUUCAAAUCCACCCCAAUCAUCUCCACCGGAAAAUUCACCCCCUUCUCCCACCGUGACACCACCCAGACCUUCACCUCCACCAUCCCCCAAUAACUCAUCUCAAACUCCACCACCAGCAUCAUCACCGCCGUCACCAUUACCGGCACCAUCACCAUCACCAUCACCAUCAUCAACCAGCCCUCCUGCAAGACCUAGUUCACCACCACCUCGGCCUUCAAAUUCAACACCAAGGGUAUCACCUCCAUCACCCUCAAUCAUUCAUUUGUCGCCGCCUCCGCCACCACAGAAUGGACCAGAACAAUCAAGCCCUGAAUCCGGAAGCAGCAGUGGUGGAAUUGGUUCUGGUGCUGUAGUGGCUAUAGCUGUAUUUGGUGGAAUUCUAUUGCUUGGCUUCAUUGGAGUUGCUAUAUGGUGUUUGAGGAGGCAAAAGAAAAGGGAUUCUCCUCAUGAUGGUUAUGUCAUGCCUUUCACUCUUCCCUCCUCAACUGAAUCAGAUUCAUCCUUUUUAAAGAUACACGCUGCCUCUGAUCCUCUUGUAAGAAGUGGAUCUAGCAGUGAUGUUGUGCAUACACCAUCUGACCCUGGUGGUGGUGGAAUGGGCCACUCAAGGAACUGGUUUUCAUAUGAAGAACUAAUCAAGGCCACAAAUGGUUUCUCAACUAUGAAUCUUUUGGGAGAAGGUGGAUUUGGUUCUGUGUAUAAAGGAUGUUUACCUGAUGGCAGAGAGAUAGCGGUGAAGCAGCUCAAAAUUGGUGGGAGUCAAGGGGAGAGAGAAUUCAAAGCUGAAGUCGACAUAAUUAGUCGCAUACAUCAUCGCCAUUUGGUUUCUUUAGUUGGACACUGCAUUCAAGAUAACAGAAAAAUACUUGUCUAUGACUAUGUCCCUAACAACACACUUCAUUUUCAUCUACAUGAGGGAGGUCAACCUGUGCUGGAAUGGGAAAAACGUGUUAAAAUCGCAGCUGGUGCAGCUCGAGGAAUAGCUUAUCUCCAUGAAGACUGCAAUCCUCGGAUUAUUCACAGAGAUAUCAAGCCAUCAAACAUUCUUUUGGAUUACAACUAUGAAGCUCAGGUCUCAGAUUUUGGCCUAGCGAAAUUAGCUCUAGAUGCAAAUACACAUGUAACGACGCGCGUCAUGGGAACUUUUGGGUACGUUGCCCCUGAAUACGCGUCAAGUGGAAAAUUGACCGACAAGUCUGAUGUAUAUUCUUUUGGAGUUGUGCUUUUGGAGCUCAUUACCGGACGGAUGCCAGUAGAUCCAUCACAAAUGAGCGAUGAGAGUCUAGUUGAAUGGGCUCGACCUUUGCUAAGUGAUGCACUUGAAACUGGGGAAUUUGAGAGUUUCAUAGAUCCAAAGCUAGGAAAGAACUACAUUGAUAGUGAAAUGUUUUGCAUGAUUGAAGUUGCUGCUGCUUGUGUUCGGCAUUCAGCUUCUAAGAGACCUCGCAUGGGACAGGUUGUUAGAGCUUUCGAAAGCUUAGCAACUUCAGAUCUAACGAACGGAAUGCGAGUUGGUGAAAGCCAGGCAUUUGACUCUGCACAACAAUCUGAAGAAAUAAGAUUGUUUCGAAGGAUGGCAUUUGGUAGUCAAAAUUAUAGCACAGACUAUUUUAAUCACUCUAGUUUGCGUUUGUAAAGGCUGAUCUAUGUAUGUAAGUAGUGGAAGAGUUUUUCAGACCAAAACUUCUUAUUCAAGCAAAGCCAAAGCGAGGAGGCCCUAGUUGAAUUUUUUUGGCUGUAGAUAUACCUAAUGUGCACUGUUGCCUUUGAUUCGGGAUCUGCUGACUGGAUUCUUAUCAGGUUCAAACCCCCAUUCUUGUGACCAGAAUUUAUGUUUGUUUUCAUUAACUGUUCUUUUUAUGCAAUUUUGUUUCUUGUAAGUAAAUUGUAAAAUAUUACUUAUAAAUUGAUUUUUAACAUAGUGAUAAUAUACAAGUGUGACUCUUGACAUGA